AUGGGUGGAGUGGCAAGGAACCACGCGGACGCGCUUGCCAGGUCAGUUUCGAAUGAAAGCCUCAUAAAUUAGAAUGGCGCAGUCGAGUAGUGUUUGCUGGCGGAAAGUACACACUCCUUUCACUCUUUUUCUAAUUAUUCUCUUGAUUGUAUGGUCUUGGCUCUGAGAAACGCAUAUAGUCCAACUCAAAUGUUUUCAAACAUUUCUCUUUCCUGUCUUAUAGACAUGUCUUUUUCUGCAGUGUUUUCCUGGAAAGUUCCCAGGGUUUAGUCAAACAACAAAAAGAAGAAAUUUUUAAAUGUUUUCUUAUGUAAUCUUAUGUAACUGUAAUGUUCUUCUGAUUGGAUUGGAAACACUUUAAAACUGUACUGUCAAUCUCAAUCUAACCGUUUCAGACUCGGAUGUGAUUCCGUGUUCAUUUCGGCAAUCGGAGAUGAUCAAAAUGGUAACUUCUUCCGCCAAAACAGUCACAGAAUUGUGAGUACUUUAAAGUCAAUGAGUUCGAUUUCUUUUUUCUUGCAGAACACUAGCAGAGUCAAAAUCGUCACCAGCAAACCGACAUGCACUUAUUUGGCAGUUAAUGUGAAAGGAAACGUCAGAUACGGUAUAGUGACGUGUGAGCCGUUACUGAAGGCAAUCACACCGUCUCUGGUGAGUUCAAUUGUAUGCUUUUUCGAAUUCAAUUCGGUUCAAAGAUUGAAAACAAUGAGGAUGCUCUUCAAGCGGCUGAUUUCAUUCUUCUCGACUCGAAUCUUUCUGUUCCGGUUAUGGCGAAAUCUCUUGAACUCGCUAAACAACACGAUAAACAAAGUUGAACAAAUUUAUUUUGCUUCUUAGGACUUAUCAAUAUUUUACAGUCUGGCUUGAACCGACAGACAUCGACAAAGUCAAGAAAGUAUUUGCAACUGGGCACAUUGGGGCAGUGACGGCAACCUCUCCGAAUGCAAACGAAUUCCUGCGAUGGGCCAAACUGUGCAACGUCUCCGUUCAUCCGUCGGUCGUCGAGUCUGCUGACAGUGUUCUAGAACUGAUUGAGAAAGAGAAAUCAAAGCUUCUGAUGAACACAUCGAUAUUUGUGGUGACUCUUUCAAACAAAGGCUCAGCUGUUGUGUACAGGUCUUUCCAGCCGACAUGUUUUCACCAAAAAUGUACUCUUACAGAAAUCAACACGGUCAACUCGAAUACCAAUCAUUGCCGCCACCACUUCAGAUAAAUAAAAUCGUGUCUGUUUCUGGAGCUGGAGACAGGUACCUUUAUUUUUGUGAUUUUUUGCGUCUUAUGUUUGUCUUACAGCUUCAACAGUGGUGUAAUCGCUGGGUUGGUCCACAACAAGUCGGUAGUCGAAUCUCUACAAAUCGGCCAGGAAUGUGCUCGAUUGACUCUCCAAACAUCCCUUGCCACGUCUGAAGCGAUCACACCAAACUUGCUAGCAUGA